UAUUCUUGUAACAUAUCUUCCUGGGUGCCCGUUUUAGUCGAAGUCAACGCUUUCAUGAAGUUCAUAAUUUCUUCAAUUGUUCAAAGUUGAAAUUCUCCAGGAACAAGUCCAUCAUAAUCUAUCAGCUAACUCAUUAUCCCUCUCUUUCCUUUCUUUCAAACUCAAAGAACAUGGCAGAAUAUUUUCUGUUCCAAAUUGCAGCUGGCAUUUUAUUGAAGAUAAGCUUCCUUGCUAAUCGACAACUGAAGUUGUCCUGGGCUCUUCGAAAGGAUUUAAGAAAGCUUGAAGAAACCUUGUCCAUAAUCAAAGCUGUGCUCUUGGAUGCUGAGGAGAAGCAGAUAAAGAAUCAUGAGCUCUCUAUUUGGCUUGGGAAGCUUAAAGAUAUAUUUUAUGAUGCUGAGGAUGUAUUGGAUGAAGUUGAAUGUGAUUCUCUUAGGAGAAAAGUAAUUAAAGGAAGCCAAGGGAUUAGAGCGAGCUCCAAAAGAAAGGUGAGCACCUUAUUUUCAAGUUCUAAUCCUGUUGCAUUUCGUUUGAAAAUCGGUCGUAAAAUCAAAGAGAUUAGAGAGAGGCUAGAUGUGAUGGCAGCUGCUAAGUCUAAAUUGCAUCUCACUGCGCGUGUAAGUGUUGAUAUUAGGUGUGUUCUUCCAAGAGAGAGGGCAAUGAUGAGAGGGUACAUCUGCAUUUUGCAUUAAAAAUAUGGGUUUGUGUAUUCGAAGACUUUGAUCUUACGAGGUUGAUGAGAGAAAUUAUUCAAUCUGCACUGGUGAAAACUGUGUCAAGUUAACAACCGACCAAUUGCAAGUUCGCUUGCGAGACACUGUGAGCGGUAAGAAAUUUUUGCUCAUAUUAGAUGAUGUAUGGAAUGAAAAUCGUGUGAGAUGGAUUCAACUGAGAGAAUUAUUGAUGGGAGGUGCAUAUGGAAGUAAGAUAGUGGUCACUACACGUAGUAACCAAGUUGCUUCAGUUAUGGGAACUGUUCCACCAUACAUCUUAAACGGUCUUCCUCAUAAGGAUUGUAUGUCAUUGUUUUUCAAAUGGGCAUUCGUAGAUGGAGAAGAGAAAAAGUAUCCAAACCUUAUUAAAUUUGGUGGUGAAAUUGUAGAAACAAGUGGAGGGAUUCCUCUAGCAGUGAGAACUUUAGGAAGUUUACUUUGUACAAAAACAGAUG